AUGUCACCAACGGCGACUUCUCUUAACAAUGAACCCGCGAUAAUAAUCGAAUUUGCCGAUCGAGGUUUCGACGAAGUGGUUGCUGGCCAUAUGAACUCCACGGAAGAUAGUAUUGAUAUUCAAGAUAGCUAA